AAAGCCGUGGAAGCGUUCGGAUCAGAGCUGGAAGGCCGCCUGUUCGAAAUGAGCGAAAUGCUCGAUAGCAACUUCGUCCUGGGCGUGCAGCUGCGUCGCGCUAAGCGCGAGAUGAUGGACAUGCGGAGCCGGUUGUACCACGUGCGGCGGGAGCGCGAGGCUAUCGCCGUACGGAUGGAUAGUGUUCGACGGCGGCAUGCAGAGGAGGAGAGUGGGCGGAUGGCCCGGACAAACAUCAACAACAGCUUGCACGGACUGGAGCUCGCCGUGGAGCGUCAGCGGCCGGAUGACGAGGACGAAGCUCCGACCAGUGAACUGGAGUAUCUGGUGCGAGCGGUGGGGGAGGAGGUCAGCUCGCGUGGUGACGGGGGAGUGUUGAAUCGGAUCAAAGCAUUUAACGCGGAGUUGGAGAGGGCGGCGCAAUGGUUAGAGUCGUGA